UGCUUGUCAGUAAGGGUUAGCAGGAACGGAGGUGGGCUACGUCUCUGCCCGAGCCACCAAAUAUCAACACAUUUCGUGGAUUUUAUCCGAUAUUUCCUUCCUUCUGGAUACUGGAUACAUUUUGGGGAAGUUUUGGAAUCAAAUAGCCGGCAAACGACACUUGAAAUUCCUCGAGCGAGGAGCUCUAACUUGGUUCAAGCGUCUAAUGUACUAAACGAAACGGAAGUAACUUGCCAGCUGCCUGGCUAAGCUUGCUAGUGUCUGAAUGCCAACUCUGUGGGUGAUGGAGUUGAGCAGGCAACUCUGUGGGAAGAUGAGGAGGUCCACUAAGAAGGCCCAGUUCACAUCUUCUGCUUCCACUCGUGGCCUGGAGAUCCACUUUUACAUACCAGAGCGUAACCAGCUGGAGUACCUCAGUGGCUGUUACACUGCCGAGGACCUCUGUGUGGAGGCUGCCAAGAAAUGCUCAAUCUCUCCCUUGUGCCAUAACCUAUUUGCCCUAUACAAUGAGACAACUGGCACAUGGUAUCCCCCCAACUAUGAGUUCAAGAUCACAGAUGAAACCAGUGUCAAGUUGCACUAUCGCAUGAGGUUUUAUUUCAGAAACUGGCAUGGCACCACUGAAGGAGAGUCUCCAGUUUGGAGACACUGCAUCAGUAAACUCAGAGGGGGACUUAGCCCACAGAAGACACCAGAAGGGACCCCCCUACUGGAUGCGGCUUCUCUUGAUUACCUGUUCUCCCAGGGCCAGCAUGACUUUCAGAAGGGUGUUGUUCCACUGAGGAUGCCCCAGUCAGAGGCAGAGCAACACGAGAUAGAAAAUGAGUGUUUGGGCAUGGCUGUGCUCGCUAUCACACACCACGCUCAAAAAAUGGAUAUGUCCACUUCCAAUGAAAUUAGCUACAAACGUUUCAUCCCUGAGUCACUUAACCGCAACAUUAAGCAGCGCAACUUUCUGACCCGCAUCCGCAUCAACAAUGUCUUCAAGAAAUUUCUCAGUGAAUUCAACCGCCGCACAGUCAAGGACAGCAACAUCACCCCAUACGACCUGAAGAUCAAGUACUUGGCCACACUGGAGGGCCUGACCAGUGGACUUGGCAGCGAACUGCUCGAUCCCAUCUUGCUCAGUGUGCAGGAGGGAGAGGCCAGCAAUGGAGGUUACUUCGGGUACUACAACCAGUGCCAAGGGCAGAGCCAGAGUCAGAACAUGGAGACAAGCCACGACAUGCAGGUCCGGGUUACUGGCACCACUGGCAUUUCUUGGAGGAAGAAGCCUCCUACAGCAUCUGUGAUCUGUAAAGAAAAGGGGAAGUCAAAGAAGAACAAGCAAGAUGGAAAACAGAAAAAUGACAAGAAUAAAGAGGCAGCUGAAGGCUGGGUAAACUUUUGUGACUUCCAUGAGAUCACCCACACCGUCAUCAAAGAGGCAACGGUCACCAUCUAUAGACAGGACAACAAAAGGAUGGAAUUACAAAUGGCUUCCAAGUCUGACGCUCUGUCCUUUGCAGCCCUUGUGGAUGGGUACUUCAGGCUGACAGUGGAUGCCCACCACUUCCUUUGCAAAGAGGUGGCCCCUUAUUCGGUGGUGCACAACAUCGACAACGGCUGCCACGGACCCAUCUGUACGGACUACGCCAUCUACAAGUUGCGUCAGGAAGGCAACGAGGAGGGCACAUACAUCCUGCGCUGGAGCUGCACUGACUACCAGUACAUCAUCAUUACUGUCGUUUGUACUGAGAUCGACCUAAGGGAGUCCCGUCCUGUGCGUCAGUAUAAAAACUUCCAGAUUGAAGUGGCCUCCGAUGGGUUCCGCCUGCACGGCACUGAGACAUUUCGACCCACUCUCGGGGAGCUACUGGAGCACCUGGAGGGCCAAAGUCUUCGCACCGACAACGUCCACUUCCAGCUGCUACGAUGCUGCCCUCCACAGCCAAGAGAGAUCUCUAACCUGCUGGUGGUCACUAAAGAGAGAGCACCGGCCCCUCAGACACCAAUUCAGGACAGUCAGCUCAGCUUCAUUCGCAUUCUCAAGGAGGACAUUGAACAGGAGGAGCACCUUGGCCGGGGCACAAGAACCAACAUUUACUCAGGCACACUGAGGGUGAAGAGUGAGGAGGCGGAAGAGGAUGCAGGUUACUCAUCUUUCCAGGAGGUCAAGGUGGUUCUGAAGGUGCUGGGUUCUGGACACAGAGACAUCUCCUUGGCCUUCUUCGAAACAGCCAGUAUGAUGCGUCAAGUGUCCCACAAACACAUAGUGCUGCUGUAUGGAGUGUGUGUCCGCCAACAGGAGAAUAUCAUGGUUGAGGAGUGUGUCCAGCUGGGACCGCUGGACUUAUUUAUGAGGAGGCAGAAGGACCCCCUUAGCACACCUUGGAAGUUCCAGGUGGCCAAGCAGCUGGCUGCAGCCCUUAGCUACUUGGAGGACAAAAAGCUGGUCCAUGGUUUCGUGUGCGCUAAAAACAUCCUGUUGGCUAGGGACGGACUGGGCACUGAUGAAGGAGGGCCCUUCAUCAAGCUCAGUGACCCAGGAAUACCGAUCACAGUUCUCACCAGAGAGGAGUGUGUGCAUCGUAUCCCAUGGAUUGCUCCGGAGUGUGUGAAGAGCGUCUCCUCCCUGAGUGUGGCAGCUGACAAGUGGGGCUUUGGUACCACCCUGUGGGAGAUCUGCUAUGAUGGAGAGGUCCCCCUCAAAGAGAAGAAACUCACAGAGAAGGAGAGGUUUUAUGAAACAGAGUGCCAACUGGCCACUCCAGACUGCAUUGAGCUGGCUCAACUGAUGACCCACUGCAUGAACUAUGACCCCAAGAAGAGACCUUUCUUCAGGGCUAUCGUCAGAGACAUAGACAUGCUUGAGGAAAAGAACCCGUCUAUCAAACCAAAGCCCACACCAGAGGUUGACCCAACUGUGUUUGAAAAGAGAUUCCUGAAGAAGGUCCGAGAUCUUGGAGAGGGCCACUUCGGUAAGGUCGAGCUGUGUCGCUAUGAUCCUCGGGGAGAUAAAACGGGUGAGCUGGUGGCUGUGAAGUCUCUGAAGCCUGAGAACCGUGAGGAGCAGAGCACCAACCUGUCACGUGAGAUUGACAUCCUGAAGGCCCUCUACCAUGAGAACAUUGUUAAAUACAAGGGCAUUUGUCAGGAGGAAGGUGGUCAGGCCAUUAAGCUGAUCAUGGAGUACGUACCACUGGGCAGUUUGAAGGAGUAUCUACCCCGACGCAAAAAAGACACCAACCUCGGCACCCUGCUCAGCUACUCCAUCCAGAUAUGCAAGGGAAUGGACUAUCUGGGAUCUAAAAAUUACAUCCACCGGGACCUGGCUGCCCGAAAUGUGCUGGUGGAGAACGAGAGGACGGUGAAGAUCGGAGAUUUCGGCCUCACCAAGAGCAUCAAGGAUAAUGAGGGAUAUUAUACUGUCAAAGAUGAAAAUGACAGCCCUGUUUUCUGGUAUGCUCCAGAGUGUCUGACUUACUGCAAGUUCUACCGAGCUUCAGACGUUUGGUCCUUUGGAGUCACGUUGCACGAACUCAUCAGCUACUGUGACCCCAAGAAGAGCCCGAUGAACCUCUUCCUCGACAUGAUUGGCAAGACUCAUGGUCAGAUGACUGUCAUGCGAUUGAUAAAGGUCUUGGCAGAAGAGAAGAGGUUACCACGUCCUGAUGACUGUCCUGAGCCUGUGUACGAGCUGAUGCUCAAAUGCUGGGAGCAGAUGCCUGAGAAUAGGAUCACCUUUAGCCAGCUGAUUGAUGAGCUGACAAGAAUGAUGCAACAGCUCCAACCACAGAACGACUUUUAAACCUCAGCCUGUUUGAGGCUCUGGGAGCGAAGACGGCAAAACAGACCCCAGAUCAGCAACUGCUUUGUUCAGCUUCACAGUACUGAGAGACACAUCUCCUUCAUACUCACAUAUAAACCUUCCACAACUUUGGUAUAAAGACUUGGUUAUUUUAGUUUGCUAUAUUUUCAACAUUUUUAUUUGACGCUCUCAUAUUGGUCGUAUUACUCUGAUAUUUGAUUAUUUUGGAUGAGAUAAGAUUAAUCCUGAUAAAUCUUGUAGCCUUAGCCCAUGUUUAAUGUGACCUAAUAUCUUCCAAGUAUAGCUAUCUGCAAUGUGAGAAAUAUCAAACUCAUGUGGACUUGUUGCUCGUAUAAUGUGCUCUGAAGGCCUUAUAAUCAUGUGGACACAUGGCUGAUGUCGCUCAUUGAAGCUUGAAUGAUGGAAACCAAGCAACGGACUGCUCACUUUACAAUGUUAAAUAGUAUUGUGGCGUUCUUCUUUAUAACGGAAGCUGGGUGGAUGACUGCUGAAUCAUAUUAAGUGCUGGGAUGGAUGAGCUAAAGAAGAUGGAACACGGGCAUUAACACAGAGAAACUGAAGAUGGGUUUUUCAGCAUUUUGUGCCACCGUUGCUUGUUUCAUGGACUCAAAAAUCUCCUGAUUAUUUCUUUAAGAGAGCCAGGGAAUGAUCUGUGUUGAAUGUUUGGAUUUUCUGUUCAUCAUGUGCAGAUGUCGGCCACGUUCCUCUUGCUGCAUUCUUUUAGAGUUAGAGAAAUAGUUUAAUUGUUUCGGUCAUUUGUGAGCCAAAAUGCCAAAUAUUCAUUGGCUUUAGCUUCCCAACUGUGAGGAGAAUGUGCUUUGUUUCAAAGUUUUUAGGAAGCAGGCAUGUUCACUGUCAAGGAAUUGACAUAGUUAUAAAGCAGAUGAAAUGAUAAGUUUAUUGGCAGCCUGUGUUGUAACCAGACACCAAUCACAAUAGUUUCCAUGUGAAGGAGCUGCUUGAGCUUCAUCUGCACAGAACCGAAAAUCUGACAUUUUUUCUUUAACAGGUUAUUGUGCUCUAACCUCUUCACGCCAUCAAGAAGGGAUAUUUUCCAUAAAAACAAUUCACUUUUACACUGUGUGUCUUACAUCCUUUGAAUGUUUGAGAUGGUUAUGUUUGUACACUUCAGUUCAUUAAAUAAUGGAAUGGAUUGAAUCUUGGUUAGUCCUCACAUACAGCACUCUCAGUACCUGUGAGAGACACUUGAGGGCAGCAUCACUUCAAUUUCUCCCCACUGUUUUCUUGUGGCUCUUCAGUUCGAAUGUGUUAAAGCCACAAAUACUUUAUUACAUGUUUAUAUACUAUACAUAUUAAAGCAGAAUAAGAGCCAAUUACCAUUGAUGCAUACUGUUGAUGGAAGAACUUCAGAUGGUACAGAGGGUUUGAAGUGAGACAGAGAAAUGAUAAUUCACAUGGCAUUUCAUGUUCAUUUGUUGUAGCGACAAGAAAUGUUCAUAGCAAUGCACUAUAAUGUACAUGCAUUUUAUUUGUUUCUUUGUAUCCUUCAAUAUGCCAGGAAAUGCAUAAGUGUAUUUUAUGUGUGUCAGUGAAAUGGUUUGAGCAGAGGGUUUUUGUUUGUUUUGUUUUUGUUCCUGUGUUAAAUCCACCAGUAGAUUUGAGCCAUGUAGCCACAAAAUCUCUCAGUCAGAUAUGAUCAUGACUUCAACUUAGAAAUGGUCCAUUCUGAUGCAACUGUCUGGCUUUUUACUGUGAAUGUUGGUAGAAAGGCAAAAGAAAAGGACUGUCGAAAAAACAAAGUUGCGCUUCAGUCCACAUUUUAUUUAGGAAUGUAAAAGACAAUUCCUUCUGCUCAAAGUAAGAGAAAGAAAAGAAAUAUAUAUAUAUAUAUAUAUUUUUCAAAAAAAUAAGACAGAAAGUAUGACUUAUGGAAGGUAAAAGUGUCCAUAAAUACACAAUGAAAAAAUAAAUAAAAUCAUGUUUUGUUCAUCAA